AGGGUGUAAAGUCCACCGACAGCAGUAGGUCGACUGUCACCGCCGUCCUCACUGGAGACUUUUUCAGUUUCAAGCCAUUUCCAUAUUACGCUUAACCAUAAUGGAGAUUCCAGUAUUUACGAUACAUGCUUUCACUAAUUUACCGUUCAAGGGAAACCCCGCUGCAAUUUGUCCACUCAUGCAUGAGCUGACUGAUGACUUGUAUCAGAAGAUAGCAGCAGUGAUGAAUCUGUCAGAAACAGCUUUCAUCACCAGGAUCAACCCUUCUGACAAUUUUACUACAGGAUCAAGGUUCCGCCUUCGAUGGUUUACACCUACCACUGAAGUGAAUCUGUGUGGUCAUGCCACUCUGGCCUCUGCAGCAGUGCUGUUUCAGCAUCAGAAGAAUGUUAAUCCCACACUGGUGUUUGAGACCAGCAGUGGAGAUCUGGCUGUCGCCCAGCAGGGGGAAGGUUACGUCAUGGACUUUCCUCUCAACCCACCCACCCAGGAGGAUCCCAAUGAGUUCAGAGACAUCAUCAAGGCUGCAGUUGGAAACCACCCAAUCCAGGAUGUUUAUAUGAGCUCCAACACUGAGAAACUGAUGGUUCGACUGGCUGACAGCUGUGACAGGUCAGUGCUAACCAGUCUGAAAGUUGACCCUGUUGCUCUUCAGCGCAGUGAGAGGAGUGGAAGAGUCAAAGGACUAAUCCUCACCAUAAAAGGAUCCCCAGACUGUCAGCCAGGAUACGAUUUCUACUCCAGAUACUUUGCUCCGUGGAAUGGCAUCCCUGAGGAUCCUGUCACUGGUUCUGCCCACACUGUGCUAGGUAGCUACUGGUGUAAGAAACUAGGAAAGAAGAAAAUGUUGGCUUACCAGUGCUCCAGUCAAGGCGGGGAGCUUGAACUAGAAGUGAGAGACGACGGAAGAAUCAACAUAGCUGGACAGACGGUCACUGUCCUGCAGGGAACAAUCACACUGUAGCCACAGACACAUACAAGCAAAGAGGGUUGUGGAUCAUUAUGUACCUGCACAGAGAAGCUGACACAAGCUUUGUACCACGUGAUUUAAAAAAAAUUUUUUUUUUGAUGGUUUAAAUAAAAAGCAAAACAGA